AGACUCCCCACACGGAAGAAGUGAGAGGAUGAUGAAUAUGACGAUGUCUCUCCCCAAAAUGAAACUAUCUUCUCUGCAACCUCAUCUCCAUUUGAGCAGUAGCAGGUUACUAGCACCAGCAGCAAAGGCGGUGUCUCCGAGCUCAAGCAUAAGCACCAGAACACCGUGCCGCCGUGUUCAGUGCCAAGCAUCCACAAGAAGAAGAAGAUCAACGGUGGAAAGAUCCACCAGAACCAAUCUUGAAAAGACACAACCUUUAGGGCUGGAGAAGAAGCAACUGAGACAAGCUCUGGUGACCGGUGUCUCCGUAGGUUUGAUGAUGGCUCUGGUAAUGGGAAUAGAUGGAGAAAAGGCGAUGGCUUUGGGACCGGAAGGUCCUCUGAUGGAAGAGUUCUGGGACAACGUGAGAAGGUACGGUCUUUACGCACUCACCGUCAGCACGGGAGCUCUCUCCGCCGUGUUCGAGCCCAUCUUCGAACUCCUCAAGAACCCAAUCUCCGCCGUUCUCAUCGUGAUCAUCUUAGGUGGAAGCUUCUACAUCGUCUCCCAAGUCGUCUCGGCCAUGGUUGGUGUCAACGAGUUCGCUUAUGAUUAUGGAUACUGAGAGUUAAAUACUCUGUUUCUUUGAAUACUCUGUUUCUACUACAUGUUAUGGUCAUCGAUACUCUGUUUCUGCAUUAGUCUUAUGAACUUAAUGAGUCAGUGACAUUUUAUUUGACAUUAAAGAGAUCAACUUUGUACA